AUGGCAGACCAACACGAACACCACGACGGCCAGGAAGAGGAGGACGAUGUCAUGCUAGACCCCGACGAGGCGGAGGAAGUGAUAGAAGAAGACGGCGAUGCAGCCAUGGACUCCGGGGACGAAGGCGAGCGAGGAGAAGAAGAGAUCCAGCUGCAAAACGACAGCGCCGCCCACUUCGACCACCACAAAGACAGCAUCUUCUGCAUCGCCCAACACCCCACUCUCCCGCACAUUGUAGCCACCGGAGCAGGGGACGACAUGGCGUAUGUGUGGGACUGCACGCCUGCUCCUGGCCCUCCGCUCCCCAAGAGCUUCGUAACUACUCCUCAACCUGUCGAGCGGCAAGGCCAGGACAUCCUAGCUGCACUAGAAGGGCAGGACGAAAGCGUCAACGCAAUCAGCUUCACCCUGCCUCAAGGCGAGUACAUCGUAACCGGCACGCUCGCCGGCUCCCUCAACGCCUACACAACCCCCACCCCCACCACGCCUGCCAAACUCCUCGCCUCCGCCAAAGAAGUCGAAGAAGUCAACUGGAUUGCGCCCUGCCCGCACGCCGCGUACCCCAACACCAUCGCUUUCGGCGCCAAAGACGGCUCCGUCUGGGUGUACACCGUCAACGCCUCGGAUCCCUCUAGCCCGCUCACAAUCGUGCAGUCUUUCUUCUUGCACCAAGCGCCUAGCACCGCUGGAGCUUGGACGCCCGAUGGCAAGUUGCUGGCUACUGUUGCCGAGGACAGCAGUUUGUACGUGUGGGAUGUUUUCGGCGAAGCGGCUGCAGCGGGCGUCACGGAUCCGAAUGGAGGACAGGCUAUUAUUGCGCUCACGGCGGCGGACGAGCGGUUCAAUGUUGAUGGCGGACUGUACAGUGUUGCCAUCUCGCCUGGAGGCGGGAUUGUAGCUGUUGGAGGCGCGGAGGGCAAUAUCAGAGUCGUCGGGCUGCCGCGUCUGUCUUCGCCUUCUUCUGCGAAAGUGGGCGGAGCAAAGCAAGCUGCUGCAGGCCAAGCAGGCCAAAUCUUGGCUUCUCUCCAGGCGCAAACGGAUGGUAUCGAGACUCUAGACUUCAGCCAGCCGCCUUUGACUUUACUGGCAGCGGGCAGUGUAGAUGGGAGUAUCGCGCUCUACGACGCGGCGCACAACUUCACCGUGCGGAGGCACAUCCCCGACGCCCACGACGAGGAGGCGGUGAUUAAAGUCGAGUUUGUCAAGAUGCCGCUCGGCACGCCGAAUCCGAGUAAUCAUCUGCUCACGUCGUGUGGGAAUGAUGGGGUUGUGAGGCGGUGGGAUGUGAGGGGUGGGACGGCGGCGGCGGCUGCUCCUGCUGCUGGGAGGGGGAUGACGGGGGAGUGGAAGGGGCAUCGAGGGGGUGGAGAAGGAGGGGGCAUUCUGGGGUUCGUGCAGGGGGGUGGUGGGAAGCGGAUUGUGACGGCGGGUGAUGAUGGGGUGGGCUUGGUAUUCAAUGCACCUUGA